GUUUUCCGUUUCCCCCGCCCCCAUUCAGAUCAAAUGCAUACGUAACAUUAGAAAUUUUGUUUGUGGUAUUGUUUCUUUUCGUCGGAAAUAGCCAAUUUUCCGAUAGUUGAACAAACCAAAACGAGCAGAGCAAAAACAAUAAGAAGAAGAAAUAGUUACAGAUACAGUUGAAUAUGUCAAGACAUAGAAUUGCCACCAUGUCUACAGCUGAGGGCACAUCUCUCCGUAAUGCAGAGAGCAUACGAAAAUUCACCAACUCCAUGGAUCCGCGCUUGGACCAGCUGGUUGUGUACAGCUCCGUGCUGGAGCAUUUGCUGCAACAGAAGCGCCACUUUGAGCAGGAGCGCGACAUGGAGCAGCUGCGGCUCGAGCGAUUCAGGUGCGAGGGUGCCAAGGAUAAUCGCAUUCGCGUGCAAAUGCAGGUGGUGAAAAAGGUGCAGAGCAUGCUCCCGAACCUUGUCUUCAAGCUGCGCAACGAGUACGACAAAUUCGAGCGCUUUCUGCAUAGAGAGAAGGGACUCCGAUACAUAAAUCUUCCUCUUUAUGACAAAGGUCUGCAGUUACUGAUUUUGUGCAAGAAUAAUCUGGAGGAAACUUUAUAGACAUGGUCGCACUCCCGUUUUCGCAUACUCCCACGCAAACUCACUCCCCACUGCACGCACACAUGGCCAAUAAUUGGGUUGCCCCAACUCACAAC